UCAAGGUUCUGUAGAAGUAAAGUCAUAACAUUUUUCUUACUAGACCACUUGCUGGAUCCAGUGGUAUCAGAUACAGAACAAAGAAUUAGAAAAUGGAAAAGAGGGGAAAUAAUUGUAGCUGAAUAUAAAAGAAUAGUACAAAAAUGCAGUUGCAAAAAAGAAAUAAUAAAACACAAAAUAAGAUUCGGUGGGAGGAUACAAGAGUGAUUAUAAGAAAAUUGUUGAUAUAACAAUCUAAUAAAUGCAUUUUUAAAAACUCUUCUUGUUAUACUUUUCGUACCUUCCUAAUCUUGUCUGAUUCAGAACCUUCGACUUUCUGGUUCUGACUGGCAGAGAAACACUGGGCAUAUUGUAAAGAGGAGGAGGAAUAUUGAAAGGUGAUUCUUAGAAAGAUGGUUUUCAUCCCUUUUCCUCCUCUUCACUAAAGAGCCAUCUCUGGAUCAACACAGUGGAAAGCACAGGAAAGUCUUCAGGUUAAAAUAAGAAAAGUGUGGGAAAGAGAUUAGUUAAAUGAACUGGAUUUUCAGAUCAAAAUGUCCAAAUAUAGUUCAUCUUAGAAUGCUUUAAAAACUGCCAAACCCAUCGCAAAAUAAUGAGAAAUGUGUAAGUGUAGGCAAGGUUCGAGAAGACUCAAGAACAGUAAUCAUAGUUCCUAUGCUGGCAAAGGGUACACGGGUCAAGUAAGAAACUUCCCAGCUAAAUCAGAGAAAAAAAAAAAAGAUUAAAUAAUUAAGAAAUUGCAAAUUAUUGAGCCAUUGACAGAAUAAAAUAGAAUUUGAAGGAUGGGCACAUCACAUUACAUUCAAAAAUGUUCCCAAGAGCAUGCUUCCCUUAUACAUAAAACUUGUCUCGAGCGAUAUCCUCUUUUUAAAAGUGCCUCUUAUUUUACUUGCAGACUGCAGCCCCUCUGCCCCAUUGAUGGCCGCUUUGGACCCCGCGGCCAGGAUGAAAUCCCGCUGCGAGCCCUGCAGUUCAAGCGAGGUCUGCUCCACGAAUUCCGAAAGGGCAAUGCCACCAAGGAACAAAUUCGACUGCACAAUCUGGUCCAGCAGCUUCCCAAGGCCAUUAUCAUUGGGGUGCGGAAGGGAGGCACCCGAGCACUACUGGAGAUGCUGAACCUUCACCCUGCAGUGGUCAAAGCUUCUCAAGAGAUUCACUUCUUUGACAAUGAUGAAAACUAUGCCAAGGGGAUUGAGUGGUACAGGAAAAAAAUGCCUUUUUCUUACCCUCAUCAAAUAACAAUUGAGAAAAGCCCCGCGUAUUUUAUCACUGAGGAAGUACCUGAAAGGAUUUACAAAAUGAACUCAUCUAUCAAAUUAUUGAUCAUUGUCAGGGAACCUACCACAAGAGCUAUUUCUGAUUACACUCAGGUGCUGGAAGGCAAGGAAAGAAAGAACAAAACUUACUACAAAUUUGAGAAGCUGGCUAUUGAUCCUAAUACCUGCGAAGUGAACACUAAGUAUAAGGCAGUGAGAACCAGCAUCUACACAAAACAUCUGGAGAGGUGGUUAAAAUACUUCCCAAUCGAGCAGUUUCAUAUCGUUGACGGAGACCGGCUCAUCACAGAACCAUUGCCAGAACUCCAGCUGGUCGAGAAGUUCCUAAAUCUUCCUCCGAGGAUAAGUCAGUACAAUUUAUACUUCAACGCCACCAGAGGGUUUUACUGCUUGAGAUUUAACAUUGUCUUUAACAAGUGCCUGGCGGGUAGCAAGGGACGCAUCCAUCCGGAGGUGGAUACCUCUGUCAUUACCAAAUUGCGCAAGUUCUUCCAUCCUUUUAAUCAAAAAUUUUACCAGAUCACAGGGAGGACAUUUAACUGGCCCUAAACUGAACUUCAUACAACACUUUCUGUUGCACCUGAGGCAUGCAAUGGGGUGUCUCUGCUGAAAUAUGCACUUUUCAUAGAUACAGCUAGCAAAGUAACUUUUUCAUGCAUACGUGUACAUAAUGCAGUGUGUGACCAAAUAUACGGUGGGAUCGAUUUUUUCUACAGAGUAGUAACUAACAUAAAUUUACUGUCAAUAUAGUUGCAUCUUUUAAGA